AUGGCGCCAGAUAAGGUAGCCACAACGGAUGGCCUUCUCCCAUCUCAGCUUCAAAUCGCUUUCGCCGUUGCCAUUGUACGACGCAAGCCCGAUACGAUUACAGUGAAAGACUAUAUGGUCCAGCUGCGACAUCAUCUGAGCCAAGGCAAACAGCGCAUUACUUCUAGAGAUAGCCAUCGUCAUUUCAACAGCGUUUCUUACUGGAAGGAGCAAUUUGAGAGGGUCCAGCAGAGUUGUCAGCAACUCCAACAGCGCAAUGUCCAGCUGGAGAGAGCAAACGACCAUCUACAAAAUCUUGCCAUUCAACCCGAGGGCAAAGUUACUCCAACCGCCAAGCGCAAGAGGAGGGGGGGGAAACAGGCGCCAUCGAAACGCGGAAGGCCUUCACUAACUGCCUCAGAUCAUCCGACCCUAGGACAGGAAGGUACCUUCUCUAAUGACCUAGAUCUGCUUGAAAGCGUGGGAGAGGCGGGGAACACUCUCAGUCGCAGCCUCUACAAUGUUCACAAGUUAUGCAGACACCAGAAUCCAGACUGUGAAGCCAUUUGUUCAAAUCUCGUUCAGACUUCUCGGGCCAUCGGUGCAGUCAUCACCACAGUUUCCACACAGCAAAACCAACUUACCCACACCAACAAGAGAAUCCAAGCUCCCUUGGAGAAAGACAAAUUGGAGCUCUCUUGCAUCAUUCGAGGAUCGGCAAGAGCCUUUACGUCCAUUCUCGUCGGCCUCGAGAAAAUAGUGGAGAAUACCUUUGGACAUCGAUUUUGCAAUAUCGUCAUCUAUGAAACUGUUAAGAUGUUCAAGACGGUACUCGAUAGCAUGACAAGAUCAGCACGCUCAACUGCUGCCACACGUUUGGCAUCUGAGAGGAACAGAAGUAGUAGCCCUGCAAAGCCCCCCAGUUCUGGGAAAGAAGGCGUACAGUCUCGCAACCUCGCCCAGUUUCUUAAUGCUAUUGUAGCGUACCUUGAUAAAAAUAACCCAGUUCACCGCGAAAUAUUCGAAGGUUUCCUCUUUGUCCUCCUUGACCGAGUUAGUAGCUGCCUCCACUACUGUAUGUUUGGGUAUGAUCGCACUUUCAGAGCUCAUGAGGAGAACAUAUUGGAUCCGGACACAAUCCAGAAGAAACAAGAGGAAGAUUUGGCAGCUCGGCUUGAAAUACCAUCACUAGUCAUCAUUUUCGAACGAGCCAUCACGUUGGCGCCCAACUACCUGGAUUCACGGCCUUCUUCGUCCUCCUCGAAAUCCCAAAAGUCUAAGCUAGGCGGUAUAGCACGAUCUUUAACUUACACACCCGCCCGCAAGAUACCUCUUAGUGUCCGUGCCAAAGAACGGCUUCAACGCACGCUUAUCCAAUGUAUAUGGUCCGAAAAGGAUGACGAUGAGCUUGCAGACGUGCUACGGAUGCCUACACGGCUAGGGGGACUACCAGACGUACCCAAGCUUGGAGACCGCGAUGUGACAGAUUGGUUCAAGGGUGAAGUGUUCAGGUUGGUGGGAUGGGAUAUCCUGACAAGGGAGCGCGUUGUUUGA